AUGUUUGGUUGUCCAUACAAUUUUCAUCCCGACAAACCUUGGCUAAGACGUACCAUACGUGGCUUAGUUGCAUCGGGUAUAGCGAUUUCGUCGCCAGUUAUUGCUGUAGGAGCAAUCACCGCAGCCGUAGCUGUAUUACCACCACUUGCGGUCUAUCGACUUGUCAAACAUAUACGUGAGAAAAAACAAGUGACGCCCCCUUGGCUACCAACAGAUGAGAGAGGUUUUCAAGUAUUUAAUGAAUUUAACGAAGGACAAACAAUAUAUCCUGAAGAUGUAUUGCAAGUAUUACGAGAACGAUUUCCAGAUUUGAUUGAUCAACGUGAUCAAGCCAGAAGAGAACUACAAAAUGAUGAUGAUGGCUUCUAUUCCCCAACGUUCACUAGUGAUGUACAAGAUGACAAUGAGACUUGUUCACCAAAUGGAUGGAAUAUUCCGAAAGCCUCACAGAAUUUUUCGAACUUUAUUUUCAACUGGAGGCUUUUCAGGAAACCCAGAACUACACAGACUAUAAGUAUGAAAUAUUUUGAACAACGUUUACUGCCUAGAGAUGGUACGACAAAAAAGUGUGUCACAGCAUUACUUUACAAAAUCGACUUUUCUAGGCGUGCGGAAGGGUUUGAAAAAAUUUUUUGA